AUGGCUGUAGUUUGCAAUAUCGGCGUCAUUGCACAAAUCAUUACAAUUUGCGCUGGUGCAUUUGCACUUGUCAUCAGUUUCAUCCUCUUAUUCAAGUAUUUCUCAACAAUGGUUCUCUUCCAAGCCAUUUUUGGUAUUUGCCUUGGUUUAACAACAAUUCUCUGCGAACUUUACAUCUUCGACUUCUUCAAGUACUUCGCAUUCCUUUUCAGAGCUUGGGGCAAGUGCUUAUUCUUCCUCUUCGUCGGUGUUAACUUCUUCUCAAAGGAAACUAUCAAUAUCAUCACAUUCGCAGUCUUCAUGGCCUUGGCUAUCUUCUAUGCCAUUCUUUGCAUUGUCUGCGGAUCUGCUGUUCCAGUUCCACUUCUCAUGUCUGGCGGUGUUAAGUUCGAAGUCUCAAACGAUGAUUACAAGCCAAGAAAGGAGAGAGCAUAA